AUGCUCGCCCUCGACGGAUCCACCCUCGAAGGCGGCGGCCAACUCGUCCGUGUGGCUCUCUCCAUCGCAGCCAUCUGCGCCAUUCCGGUGCACAUCUACAACAUCCGCGCCGGACGGGGAGGGGGAGGGAACUGGCACCACAAGCGUGCGCACAACAACGGUCGAAGAAGCCAUCAUCAGGGAAAUGCUAACCACGGCGGCGACGAUGGAGGGGAUCGAGGAAGUACCUCCCCACGGGGUCCGGCGGUGGCUGCAACGAAACCAAAGAAGCCUGGUGGUGGGCUCAAGGAGAGCCAUUUGGCAGCGUUAAUCUGGUUAGCCCGCGAAUGCGGCGCGAAGGUCGAAGGGGGCGAGAUUGGGAGCCAGGAACUCACGUUCAAGCCUGCGCGGCGGAGGAGAGAUGGGCCGUGGACUGCGAAAGGGGCCGCCGAGGACGCGGAGGUGAUUGAGCUGAAGAAUCCCGGCAGCGUCUGGCUCAUCUGGCAGGCCAUUUUCCCGUAUAUUGUCUUUUCGACGCUCCACACGCGCAGUCACAGAGGAUCAGAAGCAUCACCGGCCUUCCGCAUCCGUCUAAAAGGUGGGACAAACGUGCCCAAGUCCCCAUCCAGCGAAUACAUCCAGCAGGUGCUUCUCCCUUUGUGCGAGCGCAUCGGGCUCCCCAGGGUCGAAGUCCAGGUCAUUGGGCGGGGGUGGACGACGGGCGCUGCAGAAAUCGGAGAGGUUGAGAUUUCCGUGUUCCACCCCGAGAAGUCUGGUAAAGACAAUGUGAUGGCGAAGACAGAGGGCGGUGGUGCGGUGGUAAAACCAAAAGGCAAGCUUAGAGAAGACGAAGUCGACAAAGGUGACGACGUGGGUUUCGUCCUCGCCCCUUUCCAGAUCGCCUCACCACGCCCCAGUACCAUAACCUCCGUGUCAAUGACCAUCCUGGCCGGCUCCCCCAAGACGCAUUCACUGGUUGAAACCCAGCUCGUCACGGCCCUGCGCGCCAUUCUGACCUUCUCAUCGCCAUCUCUCCCCAUCGAAUUGCAUCCUUCCUCCGCAGACUCCUCCGACGAACGACGCCUCUACAUCCUCCUGGUCGCACACACCUCCGACGGCUACGCCUUGGGGAGAGACUACCUCGGGCCAGGCCGCAAGGUGACCAACGACACAGAACGGCAGCGCAUGGUCGACGAGGCCGUCGGCACCGUUGUCCGCGCCUUCGCUAGGGAGUGUGAGCGUAGAAGCUGCGUGGAUGAAUUUGCAGAGGAUCAGUUGGUUGUUUUCCAGGCUCUUGCGGACGGCGCGUCGAGCGUUGACGUGGGGGGAGAUCGAGGCAAGAACAAGGAGGAGACGGGUAGUUUACAUACGAGGACUGUGCGGUGGGUGUGUCGAGAAAUGCUGGGGACGGUGUUUGACGGGCUGGGCGGAUGUGAAGGGCGUGGAAUGAAGGGGGAAGGAGGGUUCGAUGAGGUCAAGCAUAGCAUAGAAGCGCUAAACAUCGAGCAAGACUAA